AUGGCCAUGGAAACCUACAGCCUGGUGAAGGACGAGCUCCACGGCAGAGGAGGAGGAGGGCAGGGACUGUACUGUGGCGCUACCCCGAGGGCGGCGCCCGUGGCCGGCAGCGGCGCUGUGAAGAGCGUGAAGAGGAGGAAGAGGGAGCCGUCGUCGGUGGUGACGGCGAGCAACGGCAAGGAGGAGGCCGGCGGCGACAAGUCGGCGGGGGGCAGCAAUGCGGCCAAGAGGAGCUCAAGGUUCAGAGGCGUGAGCAGGCAUCGUUGGACGGGCAGGUUUGAAGCUCACUUGUGGGACAAAGGGACGUGGAACCCUACGCAGAAGAAGAAAGGCAAGCAAGUUUACCUUGGAGCGUACAACGAGGAAGAGGCUGCAGCAAGGGCUUACGAUCUGGCGGCGCUCAAGUACUGGGGUCCUAGCACCUACACUAAUUUUCCGGUUGCUGACUACGAGAAAGAGCUCAAAGUGAUGCAGAACGUGUCCAAGGAGGAGUACCUGGCCUCAAUAAGAAGGAAGAGCAACGGCUUCUCUCGCGGCGUUUCCAAGUACAGAGGCGUCGCACGGCACCACCACAACGGCAGGUGGGAGGCCCGGAUCGGGCGGGUGUUCGGCAACAAGUACCUGUACCUGGGCACGUACAGCACGCAGGAGGAGGCGGCGCGGGCCUACGACAUCGCCGCCAUCGAGUACCGCGGCAUCAACGCCGUCACCAACUUCGACCUCAGCACCUACAUCCGCUGGCUCAAGCCCGCCGCCGGCGCCGCGGGCGACGACGUCGGCACCCCGACGUCCGGCGCCAGGCCGACGCUGCCGCCGCCGUCUCUGUGCCUCCAGGCCGGCGGCCUCCUGCAGCACCCGGCGGGCAUGCUGCAGGUCGACUUCGACAGCCUCUACCGGGGCCACCACCUCGCCGCGGCGGCGCAGCGGGGCGCCUCGUUCGCCGGACUCGACGACGUGGGGUCCGUGUACGCCGGCGGUCCCAGCCCGACGGCGGCGGGGGCGUGCGGGAGGCCGUCCCCGUCGUCGUCGACCACGGCGCUCAGCCUGCUGCUGCGAUCCUCGGUGUUCCAGGAGCUCGUGGCGCGGAACGCCGGCGCCGCGGCGCAGCAGCAGCAGCCCGUGCCCGCGGACGACGACGGGGCGGCAGCGUCGGACGUCGUCGACGCCAAAGUCGAGAUCGAGGAGCCUCUUGGGCGGCCGGAGGCGGAGGGCGAGCUUGGACACGAAAUGUACGGCGGCGCGGCGGGGGCGGCGGAGGACGAGGCGUUCGCGUGCUCCAUGUACGACCUCGACGACAGCUUCGCGCGCAUCGAGCAAUCCUUGUGGAACUGCCUGACCUGA